GCUGUGUAUGUUUUAUUUAUUUAUUCAAAAUCUAAGCAUUCAAGUACCGCAUAUUGUAUAGCGCAUAGUGUACUUGGCCUGCGUUGUCAAGCAUAGACAAAAACCUGUCGAUGACAAUCAUGACAAAGAGAUGCAUCGAUGAUGAUAACAAUGAUUUUCAAAAGCUUCAAAAGUAAACACAAACCUGCAAGUUUUGGCUUCGUUCGCGAAUCGCGAUUAAUGUUCGUUUCACUGAUGCAGAUAACUUUAGUUAAGUCUUCUUUUUCGAGACUUGCACGGAAGAAAAGCGUUUAAAAAUAUUUUGGAAUAAUUCCGUCUAACUACCUCCACCCAGAGGAAAAAUGAGCAAACUGGACGUGGAGAAAACAUGUCGCCUCUGUGGCGAGAAAAAAAGUCGUAUGCGUUUCCUGUUUGAGCAUCGCCAUGAAUAUCCACUCUCUUUGCAGCAGAUAAUUUUCGAUGUUUCACGGCUACAGGUCGAUCCCGAUGAUAGAAUGCCCCAAAAGAUUUGCACAUGGUGUGUCACCACACUGCUGAAAAUACACACAACUAUCGAGAACUACCGAGCAAACGAUUUGAAGCUUAGACAGCAACUGGUCGGAACACUGCAGAUCGAAAUUAAACAGGAAGAAGAAGAAGAGGUAGACAUGGAAAUGCUGGAGAAGGCAUUUACGCAGGAAUUGGAAGUUGGUGAAAUUUGCAUUAAACAGGAAGCUGUGGAGGACAAAUAUCUUGACUCGGAACUGCACGAGGAAAGCGAAGUUACUUAUGAAAUGGAUGAAAGCGUUGGUACGAAGCUGGAUCUUUCUGAUACAGAACACGAAAAAGAAACAGUCGCAGAUGACGAUGAGUGGAAGCCAACGGAACAGGAUGCUGAAGAUAAGGAGCCACCGGUGAAGAAAUAUCGUCGUAGAACAAAGCAAGAGAAGGAUGCAAAAGGUAUGCGGAAAACUGGACGUCCCCGCACGAAAGCUAAAGAUCUAAAUCGCCCUCGAUUGCACGAUUACAAAUGUUACAUUUGCAAAAGCGAGUCACACGGAUCGUCCGAAGCCCUGAUUGCUCAUCUUACCAGUAGCCAUGAAGAUCAAUUGCCUUACACUUGUCCGGAUUGUGUAAUGCAGACGGUUGUUAUUAAAACUGUUCAAAGACUGAACGCGCAUAUACGACAACAUUUGAAUCCGGUGAAAUGUCCACAUUGUGACAAGAGGUACAGCUGCAAAAAUGGCGUCAAUCUUCACGUGCAGAGGUACCACCAGGACGGUGAUGUUCAGUGCCCAUCGACGUGCGAAUACUGUGGGGAAGUGUAUCCUUCCAAGGUUUCACUUUUACAUCACAUGAAAAUACACACCACUGCUGUUAGCUGCGAGAUUUGUGGUAAACUUUUCAAGGACCGGCCGAAACUUCGAUUACACAUCCAAGGCCGGCACGAAAAAUUAAAAAAAUAUGAAUGUAACAUUUGUAAGAAGAAACUUGGAUCAUUGGACACUGUGCAAAUUCACAUGAAAACGUAUCAUUUGAACCGAGUGUUCAAAUGUAGUUACUGCCCUAAGACAUAUGCCUCGGAACUAACACACCGAUACCACGAGAAGAAGCAUGUAGAAAAUCCUGAAUAUGUAAGUAAAAAGGAUUGGAAAAAGUAUUACACAGUUGUAGAGGGAGAAUCAAAUAAGCCAGGCGAAAAACUAAAAAAAUGCAAUCUCUGUGGGAUAAUUUCCAAAGCAAUGGGAUCCCAUCUAUCUACAAUACAUUUUCCGCCUGAGUUCCGUUGUACUAUCUGCGACAUGACUUUUAAAAAGAAGCAAAGGUAUGAAAUCCAUGUAUUGGAACAUGAAAAUGGCAAAGCGCUUCAAUGUCCGAUUUGUAGCCGUGAAUUUUCCGACAGGAAAAAUCUCAUUGCCCAUCUUCGAACGAAGCAACACCGAGAUCAUCCCCUGGCUAAGUCACUGGAUUGGCUAGGUCUUAGUGUCGCUAAGUCGAAGCCAAGGAAACCAAAGGCAGCAAAUUGCGAUGAACCACGGGAGCAGGAUCUUAUCGUAGAAGAAUAUGGACUAGAUGAUUCUCUGUGAGCUGUGUCGAUUAACUUUAAUUUUAUUAACUUGAUAAGUUGUAUUAAGAUUCGUAAACAUUCUUUCAAGAGCAAAUAACAUUCGCACCGAUCCGAGAAAAAUAAAGUUUUGUAUUGAUGACCGAAAAGUUAUUCCUAUUUCCAAUUUAACACAUAUAAUCUCAUAGUGAUAGCAGUGCUUAACAUAUUAAGCAGGGUUUUAAUCAUACAAAGCAGAUCGCUAGCUUUCAUGCUAAAAAAUACGUCGUUUUAGGACCACCGAAA